AGGAACGAAACAUGAGUAACAGAGAACAUAUGGACCCUUACAAAACUGCUGAACCAAAUCGAAAUCUAUUUUAAUUUCUCAACUCAAAAGCAACUCUAAACACUCUAAGCAUUUGUGGGGGUUUUUUUUGUGAGACUACUUUGCUGGAUUGAUUGUUUUGUAUGUUUCGCUUGUGUUACCAUAGCAACUAAAUUACUCGGCUUCUUUUGCGUUCACUGCUUACUUCUCGUUUAAGUGAGGAAUGAUGGCCAGCGGAUCCAAAUAUCGGGAGCACAGAGUCAAUCACUACAGAACAGAGACACGACAGUUAAUACAAAUGAUGAUGCAGGAGUCUCGUCUAACAGACUUUCAGCAGAGGCAGAUCAAUAAUCAGCUGAAAAAUGGCGGCGCUCUUCCACUAACAUUUAAUCUCACGCCGCUCGAGCCCAGUGUUCAGUCAGAGCCCAGAGUCACUAAAGUGGCCGCGCUGAUUGGUCACCAGGAGAGACGCAGUGCAGAAAGAUGCAGUGCUGGAGAUAAUUAUAAACGAGAACAGUUUAAGCCUAGAGCUAUACGAGAUCAAGAGAAAGAGAAGAGACAGCUACAAAAUCUUUUUUCUACUGGUCAAAAGGAUGUUGGGCCAACUCACUCCCAAAGAGAUUCCACAGAGAGAAAAGAGAAACAGAUAGAUCGAUUCCAAGAGGUCCUUGAUGAGAUUGAGGAGAGGAAGCAGUUUUUAGAGGACAUGACGGCAUUGGGAAAAGGUCACCAAUACCAACAACUCAUCAACACAGAGAUUUCCCAGAAAAUCCGUGAACUUGAAGAGAUUGACAAGAAACGCAGUGAAGAACUAAGCACACUCAAGCUAGAUGGAAAAAAGGAACAAAACAAAGCGAGGGAUAGAGAAGGUGAAAAUAUGAGUUGUUAGACAUCUAUGAGUAUUAAAAAUACUUUCAAAAAAGGUCAAAA